GGCAAGAACCUUACACUACUAGUUCAAGGGACUUUGGAAACGUCACAGCCUCCUUUACAUUACGGCGCUUGCUCUUCCAAGCUUCCAUGCUUACAUUAUACCCUUUGACCCUUAGCCGCUCUGCCGUACAAUCACCAAAGGUUCUUAUUAGAAACAAAGCUGGUUGGCUUAUUCGUUCCUGAAGACUUGCCUACGUAUGUAAUUGGGCUUAGCUUCUUCCUUUUCCUCUUCUUCAUCAUCUUCAUCUUCAUCACACUCUGUUCCAUUAAAAAACCUAACUGGGUCUUGCCUAUUAAUUUGGCUGUUUAGGUAUUAGGUACUCUCCUCCUGAAUCCGAAACUAAAAGAAAUACAAAUAGCAAGAAUACUUCUCCUGCCAACCAGGCUUCUUCGUCCUCUGCUUGACGGGUUUGAUCUGCCCUGGAAUACAACGGAAGCAGAUCGCAUAGCAUAGCAUAUCAUAUCAUAGCAUUAGCAUAGCACAGCUUGGUAGAGCAGCCUAGCAUGGCAGAUGAUCACGAACACGAGGGCGCCUCCGUAAAGGAGCGGCUGAUCGAAGCCUGCCGAAGGAACAAUGUCGAUUUACUCCACGACGUAAUCUCGAACUGCAAGUCGGACGAAGAAAUAUCCACUCUCCUCAACACUACUACAACCGUCAUGGGCAAUCACCUCUACCACGAGGCUGCCCUACAGGGAAACUACGAGAUCAUCGACACACUUCUGGACCAACCAGAUUUCGAAUGUGACCCUCUGAACCGUAUCGAAGGGGACACGCCCCUACACAGCGCCAUCCGCUGGAUCAACAGCGAGCCCCCUGCCCAGCGCGAAUUCGGCAACGCCCUCGUACAAAUGAUGCUCGAGGCCGGAUCGUCCACCCGAAUUCGCAACAAGGCCCGACUAACACCAUAUCAACUCGUUGACCCUUCUAACACCGGCCUGCGCGACCUGAUCCAGAAACACGAGUAUGCCGAGUUGAACGCGGGCGACUUUGUCGACUCCACGCCUGCACCCCCCAAGGAGAACAAGAAGGCGGUGGCCAGUUCGUUUGUUGAUGUUAGGCAGGAAGAAGAAGAAGAUGAUGAUGCCGAGUUCUCCGGCAGUGACGAGGAAGAGCGUGCUGAGUGGGAGCGUAGGCGCAAGACCAAGGGCCGGUAGAAAAGAUGAAAAGACGAAAAAUGUUUGAUAUGAGGCCGAAGGAGAGAAAGGAGACCUGGAGGGUCACACAUAUAGACACGUCUUAAGACGUAGGCUUGCUCUGGUCUGUCGAGAAGACCAUGAGCAUUGCUCAUCGAAUACGUAUGCACAUUGAGUCGUCAUUCUUUGUGUCGUUCUCCUGUGUAGAUGAUGACAGGAACAUUCACAAACAAUCAACAGACAAACGGGUAGAUAUAGUUAUUUUUUUUUUCUCGGCGAUCUGUUGCUAAGCUCCUUCCAAAUUGCUUCAGCUCGAUAUCGUCAUGCACAUCAUAGGGAUGUGUCUAUAUGCAUUAGCCCAGCCAAGUACACAUAAAGCAUAAAGUUGUUAACGCAGUUGCUGAUGCGGAGAUCGUUGAAGAAGAUCACUGCAGCAUCACAUAACUAACCCAUCUCCCCCCACACCACAUGAUCAAACGUCUCCUAUGACCUGAG